AUGUGGGCAGGGAGAAUCAAGACUGCGAUUAUUACCUGGACGUGUUCUCCGAGCUCUAUGGGAUCUGGCUCUACAGUUUGCUGGAAACUUGGAUGCGGCACUGACGAGAAAAAAGCUCGUUCUGGUGACCGACAAUGCCUAAUUCCACUUAAAAUGACUAAAUCAACAUCCUACUUUGGUGAAUGCGAAAGAAGUGAUGAUCAUACCCUUGAAACGUUAUAG